GAGUCCUGUUUGAAUCUACUUAUAAGAUUCUGAAGCCUGAACAGAGAAUUUUGGCACUGCACUGGCGUUGCAAGAAAUAGAUAAUAUCAAGGACAUCAGGAGUGGGAGAGAUUGCAGACUCAGCAGGAUGUCUUCCAAGCGACCAGCCUCUCCGUAUGGGGAAGCAGAUGGAGAGGUAGCCAUGGUGACAAGCAGACAGAAAGUGGAAGAAGAGGAGAGUGACGGGCUCCCAGCCUUUCACCUUCCCUUGCAUGUGAGUUUUCCCAACAAGCCUCACUCUGAGGAAUUUCAGCCAGUUUCUCUGCUGACGCAAGAGACUUGUGGCCAUAGGACUCCCACUUCUCAGCACAAUACAAUGGAAGUUGAUGGCAAUAAAGUUAUGUCUUCAUUUGCCCCACACAACUCAUCUACCUCACCUCAGAAGGCAGAAGAAGGUGGGCGACAGAGUGGCGAGUCCUUGUCUAGUACAGCCCUGGGGACUCCUGAGCGGCGCAAAGGCAGCUUAGCUGAUGUUGUUGACACCUUGAAGCAGAGGAAGAUGGAAGAGCUCAUCAAAAAUGAGCCAGAAGAAACCCCCAGUAUUGAAAAGCUACUAUCAAAGGACUGGAAAGACAAGCUUCUUGCAAUGGGAUCAGGGAACUUUGGUGAAAUAAAAGGGACUCCCGAAAGCCUCGCUGAGAAGGAGAGACAGCUCAUGGGGAUGAUCAAUCAGCUAACCAGUCUGCGAGAGCAGCUGUUGGCUGCCCAUGAUGAGCAGAAGAAACUGGCUGCAUCUCAGAUUGAGAAACAGCGCCAGCAAAUGGAGCUGGCCAAGCAGCAGCAAGAACAGAUUGCAAGACAACAGCAGCAGCUUCUGCAGCAACAACACAAAAUCAAUUUGCUUCAGCAACAGAUCCAGCAGGUUCAAGGUCAACUGCCGCCAUUAAUGAUUCCUGUAUUCCCUCCCGAUCAACGGACACUGGCUGCAGCUGCCCAGCAAGGAUUCCUCCUUCCUCCAGGCUUCAGCUAUAAGGCUGGAUGUAGUGACCCUUACCCUGUACAGCUGAUCCCAACUACCAUGGCAGCUGCUGCUGCAGCAACACCAGGCUUAGGCCCACUCCAACUGCAGCAGUUAUAUGCUGCCCAGCUAGCUGCAAUGCAGGUAUCUCCAGGAGGAAAGCUCCCAGGCAUACCCCAAGGCAACCUUGGUGCUGCUGUAUCUCCUACCAGCAUUCACACAGACAAGAGCACAAACAGCCCACCACCCAAAAGCAAGGAUGAAGUGGCACAGCCACUGAACCUAUCAGCUAAACCCAAGACCUCUGAUGGCAAAUCACCCACAUCACCCACCUCUCCCCAUAUGCCAGCUCUGAGAAUAAACAGUGGGGCAGGCCCCCUCAAAGCCUCUGUCCCAGCAUCAUUAGCUAGUCCUUCAGCCAGAGUUAGCACAAUAGGUUAUUUAAAUGACCAUGAUGCUGUCACCAAGGCAAUCCAAGAAGCCCGGCAGAUGAAGGAGCAACUUCGGCGGGAACAACAGGUGCUUGAUGGGAAGGUGGCUGUUGUGAAUAGUCUAGGUCUCAAUAACUGCCGAGCAGAAAAGGAAAAAACAACACUGGAGAGUCUGACUCAGCAACUGGCAGUUAAACAGAAUGAAGAAGGAAAAUUUAGCCAUGCCAUGAUGGAUUUCAAUAUGAGUGGAGAUUCUGAUGGAAGUGCUGGAGUCUCAGAAUCAAGAAUUUAUAGAGAAUCCAGGGGGCGUGGUAGCAAUGAACCCCACAUAAAGCGUCCAAUGAAUGCCUUCAUGGUGUGGGCUAAAGAUGAACGAAGGAAAAUCCUUCAAGCCUUUCCUGACAUGCACAAUUCCAACAUCAGCAAGAUACUGGGAUCUCGCUGGAAAGCUAUGACAAACCUAGAGAAACAGCCAUAUUAUGAGGAGCAAGCCCGUCUCAGCAAGCAACACCUGGAGAAGUACCCUGACUACAAAUACAAGCCCAGGCCGAAGCGCACCUGCCUGGUGGACGGCAAAAAGCUGCGCAUCGGGGAAUACAAGGCAAUCAUGCGGAACAGGCGGCAGGAAAUGCGGCAAUACUUCAAUGUUGGGCAACAAGCACAGAUCCCCAUCGCCACUGCUGGUGUCGUGUACCCUGGAGCCAUCGCCAUGGCUGGAAUGCCCUCCCCUCAUCUGCCCUCGGAGCACUCAAGCGUGUCCAGCAGCCCGGAGCCUGGGAUGCCUGUUAUCCAGAGCACUUACGGCGUGAAAGGAGAGGAGCCACAUAUCAAAGAAGAGAUCCAGGCUGAGGACAUCAACGGAGAAAUUUAUGAUGAGUACGAGGAGGAAGAGGAUGAUCCAGAUGUAGAUUAUGGGAGUGACAGUGAAAACCAUAUUGCAGGACAAGCCAACUGA